AUGCCACAAAUGAAAUUUCCGAAAACAUGUUUUAACGCUCUUGCUUUCGCAGUUGCGUGCGUAUGCAAUUUCACGAUUGCCUAUGGACAGCGCCAACUCAUUUUGGAUGGAGACACCGUUCCGAUCGGCUCCAAGACGUAUGUUACUGGCGUUCGAUCAACGCCCGAUGGCACCAGUUUUUGCGGCGGCAGUCUCAUCUCUCCGACCCACGUUCUCACCGUGUCACACUGCAUGAGCCUCGACAUGCGUUGGGUGGCAAUUGGAUCCCACUACCGCAACGGUAGUGUGGACGGAGAGCAUAUUCGUGUCCUAUCCGUGAUGAACCACCCAAACUUCUCCGAGAACUUCGAUAAUACGAAUUACACGAAUGACUUUGCAGUAAUCGAGCUAGAGAAACCAAGCAAAUUCAAGCCUGUGAAGCUUGCCGCACCUGACGAUUCCGAGUUCAAAGCAGGGGCGUGGACUACAGCAAUGGGAUGGGGCUCAAUUUCCGAGGUGAACGUCAGUUACUCUUUCGAGCUUCAGCGCGUGGAUCUCCAGCUCGUGAGCGAUGAAGUGUGUGUUGUUAAUGUCUCACUUGACUCCAGUAUGGUGUGCGCAGGUGGAGUUCUUAACCAGGACUCUUGUUUUGGAGACUCAGGGGGUCCUCUCAUUCUAGAAGGGACAGAUACAACUGAGGACAUUCUAAUUGGACUAGUGAGCUGGGGCAUUGGUGAUACGUGUGGUCGUGAAGGUUUCCCUGGUAUCUACUCUCGAGUUUCCAAUGGUCGACGUUGGAUUGACUCCAUUUUGUCUGGUAAUGGAACUUGCAUGGGCAUCUAA